AUGCUGGACACCGUUCAAUCCUCAGAACACCACCAAGACGACGAAUUUCUCCCCAAGUCACCCCUCUUAGAAGCCCGAACUGCAAAGGCACCACAAUCUACAACACCACCACGUCCAGCCAAGUUAGAUCGAACUCUCAGCAAGCGCCGCACAAUCAUAUCGCAACCAAACCCUCCAGCACUUAAUACUCAGGUGUCUGCAGAGACAUACCGACCUUCUAGCUCAAGGAGACGUGCGCCUCCACCGUUGUCGUUUCCAAAGAACUAUGACCAGAAAUACGCUAGGACGCCGUCAUCUAUACCCCCUUCCUUCAGUGGUCUAGAGAAUCCCUUCGCAGCUUCAUCUAUGCUGUCGCCUUCAAUAUCGCACGAUCCAUGGGACUUGCGUAACUUCGACAGUGCGCUUCCGACCCAUCGACUGCAGAAUGAUAGCCGUUUCGGUACAGCGAGGCCCCAAAGCUAUGUUGAUCCCUUCGCAACAGACUCUGACCAAGAUCAACCUCCUAAAACCAUGAAAAAAUAUGAAAAAAUCUUACCUUCGACCGGCACAGAGACGAAACGGGAUAGUUCGGUAAAGGACAUGGAAUACACACAGAAUAGGGUUCGAAGAGUUCGAAAUGAGUCCCCUAACGACCGUGCUGUAGCUAGAGAGGAGUCUCGCCGUUUUAAAGCAGAAAAACAGCGCUUGCUCGAUACCACAGCUGAGCCUGAGGCCUUACCGAGGAGCCGCGACUCAUUCCACAAACGGAUCCACAAAGCAGCUGAGAUAUCCCCCACAAACCCACCAACUCCUACCAGUAGUGGAGCAUAUCUAGUUCAAACACGCCGCUCAUCGGACAGUGGCAGCCGCCCUUCUACUCGGGAUGGCCAACGACCUAUCCACCCUGAGAUUAUCAUUAGCUUUGGCUCCAAAAAAGACAAGACCAAAAAAUACCCAUCAAUCUCUGUUUCGACCAAACCAUUCCACCAGUCAUCUAUUGGUCCUAGAGAGUCCAAUAAAGCAGCUGUUGAUUCAGACUCCGAAGCAGCUGUUAGUCCAGACACGGAAGGAUCUGAAACCUCGUACACUUUGCGAACGGGCUUUCCGGAAGUUUCUAUGUCUACAUUGGCUUCCAGCUCUAAAACUUCCAAGGAAGCAGAUAUCAAGGCGACUGAACCUAAAGCCUCGUACAGUCUGCUUGAUUCGGACAGUCAUAAUCCUAUACACCAGGGCCAUCAUACAACGUACGGGACGUCGCUUGAAAUUCCUUCUCAACGCAACCAAGCCGACCAAAGCCGUUCCUUGGGGUUUGAUAUAGCACACCUCACGAACGAAGUUGAAGCUAAAAUUGAGAAUUCCAGAGGAGGAACAAGCAAAAAGGAAGCUUGUAGCGAACAACCUGCAGUUCAGGACGCCGAGACUGCAAUGAGAAUUCCUAGAGCACGAUCCGAAGUACCGCCACCCCUGCCUCCUCCACGUCAUAUCGACACCAGUGGAAGCGACCCUGGUUGGCAAUGGGGUAACACAAACAGCCCAAGGGACACCGGCUUUGGCGGAAAUCGGCUCGCGACAGUUAGACCUGGUUGGCAGUGGAACGGUGGAGCCACAGGCAGCUAUCCGCGGGAGCCUUCGGUCGAAACAUUUAGCCCUGCCCGCUUACCUUCCAUCAUGGAAAACACACAGACUGCGGCUGAAGAAGUUCAUAAUGAGCCUCCCGAAAGACACGUUGCGCCUAUUAAAAGUAUCCUUCGCAAAGCUACCGAAAAGUUCCCUGAGGACCCUGCACUCGUCCGCGAGGGAGUUGCACCACACAAGGACGCCUUAAAGGGCAAGGACAUUCCUAUCGGAGCCCGAUGGACAAGGAUUGAUCGCCGCCUAGUUAACCCUGAGGCUUUAGAGGAAGCUAAGGAGCGUUUCGAAGAGCGCAUAGAUUGCGUGAUGGUUCUGCGUGUCUUGACUAGGGAGGAGAUACAGAAGCUGGCCAACCGUACGAAAGCAAUCCGGGAGCGCCGCGAGGCCACCGAUGAAGCUCGUGAGCCGGAAUCCAUCGCUAUGAAUGCUGAUGACAAUGACGAACUGGGAGCAGAUAAGACUUACACAGCACCUCGAUCUGCGAUAGAGCCUUUCUCUAUUGACCCUUCAUUCGGAGAUUUACAUCAUAGUUACGGGGAUUUUCAUGGGCUUCCGGAAGUUCCCGGUGAACUUCUGCAGGACUCGCAUCUACCACAAAUUAACCACACGUGCGAUAAGCUCCAUGAAGAGGGAGUUAACAGCACUCAUGCGGAAGGCAGUGCGUCUACACCGUAUACUCAAGAAGCCGGUGUUCAGGAGGUCCUAGUCGGGGGCGCCGUUAUAUUUGGCGGAGGAGAGAAGAAAGAAUUAUCUAGAGAGAAGAGAGACCGUGAGAAGGGAGAGGAAGAACGUUCAGCGAAGGAAGCUGCUGAACAAGCAGAGAGGGAGCGUCCUAAGCGUAAGGAAGAAGAGGGACGCUUAGAACAGGAACGCAUUCAGCGUGAAGAAGAGGAAAGUAUUGCGGCAGAAGGAGCUGAGCGUGCUGCUAAAGAACCUGAAGCAGCACGUACGGCCGCAGAAGAGGAAGAAGCUGAGGCAAGUUCUGGAUGGGGCAGCUUAGGGUCUGGUUUCUACAAGAGGAAGAAGGGAAAGAAUUGGAUAAAGACGAAGACGCCUAAGCGAGAGGCUGAAGAAAAGAAGGGGCAUGAAGAGAAGGAGCAACUGGAAGGUGAAGCUAGAGAAGCUGCUAAAGCCGCUGGAUCCGCCGAGGCUCAGGACCUCAAUCAUAUAUUCAAACAGACAGUAGGUACGAUUCUUGAGGAUCAGAACUUCACACAGGCACUCGAAGCACCUUCUGACCCAGAGGACUUCACACCAGGAGACGAUUUGCCAUGGGGUCCGGAGGAUACAACGACUAUCUUCAAUCGGAUGCGAUCCGAGAUCUCAAGGGAAGAUGUUAUACGCCUAGAAGAUGAGGAAGCCGAGUUCAAGAAGAUGGAGGAAGAGGAAGCUGCCGCCGCCGCCGAAGCCGAGAAGAGCAAGAAAGAUGACCUCUGGGACGAUUGGGCUUGGUUUGGUCCGAUGAAGCCCUGGAAGAAAAAGGGCAAGAAAGGUGCACAGGAAGAAGUUCCGCCUCCUCUACCACCUUCGCCUGAACCCGAAGUCGAGCCCGAGACUCCAGGCGUUGAUGCAAGAGGGAUACGAGAUGAAAGAACUACAAGGAAUGUGCUUGAAGAGUUUGAAAAAACUCGGCCUUUUCCUACUCACCCCGUCGAAAGCUGGCUGAAGACGACACUUGUGAAUGAAAGUACUUUUGAGAACUCUGAGUGGGACUACAACGACAGCGCGUCAGGGCCACCUUCUUACGCAGCAUCGGUUGCUUCGAUCUUUUCGGUGGCGUCUCUAGCAUCAUCGGCAUCCGACAUAUCAAAAGGUAGCGGCUAUUCUAAAGUCCAAAUUGCGACAGCUACGAAGGUUUUACUCUCUAUCUUCUACGAAGACGAGGCACUGUCAUCGCUGUAUAAACGCGCUAUAGAAGCCCAGAACAUCGGACCCGAAAGGCUUGAAAGGAACCUACGCCGACUAUUUCGAGCAUACGCAGGCCUCUUAGAAGGUGAAGCGACAGAGAGACUAGAGCAUCUAGCAUCCCGGCUUGUGCGCGCAAAAUCGGCUUCUCUAGCAAAAUCUGUCAUCGAGAAAUUGCAAAUCGUCCAUGCAAGUAUGGAGUUGUCUCGCAGCGAACGCAACAACGAAAGUUCUGACGAGGAGGAGGAUGGCGCUGAUUCAAAUCCGGUCAAUGAAGACGCUUUCGAGGAUUUGGUGACCUUUCGACAGUUCUUAGUUGAGAGCGAAGCAUUCAAAACCUUUCACAAUCAAUUACAAGCAUUCGUAAUACCUAACCUGGCACCAGCGGAUCGAACUGAAACGGUGACAAAGGAGGCGUUGGGCUGCGACGACGAAGGUAUUGUCAAGCAUGACGUCCUGGGGCCGCCGGCUCAGUCAAAGACGAUAUCGACCUGGCACGAAUGGUUCAGAGAUGUCAGUCAAGCCUUGAGCAUGUCUUGCAGCGAAGUACUUGCAUUCUUUCUUAUUGCUACCGGUUUUCAUCUGAAUCUGGAUAUUUUGCUCUCUACUAGAGACCAUCUGUUAGUGAACAUGGGGCUCCUUGAGCCAGCAUUGGACCAAAACAAGACUCGCCUACGUUGGCGAUGUAGAUGUGGUGACUCCAUAUACAGCGACAUAAUGGAGCUUCGCGAAGGCGGUAUAGCUGAGCUAGUAGACCGCAUGCAGCGUUCUUCUGGCGUCAAAGUACACGCAGCACCGCACAAUCGCCAAUCUGGAAAUCAGCAAUACAUUGUCCCGCGUCCUGAUCGAUGGCUUCGAAACGCAAUCACCAAAGUAGGGACGGCAUUCGGAGGAUCUUCGAAGUCGUCGCCAUCAUGUCUACCACAGCACAACUCGCCAUACGCAACAACCUCUUGCUCAACUUCUACUAACCCGUCUAUCACAAAGAAAAUACUUCAUCUCUCAAUGUGCAUGCAUCGCACUCGACGACGCAAGAUUGUGAAGCAAGACCGUGUCGACGAAAUCACUACGGAUCAGACACUGUUGCGCUUCCUCCAGCGACAGUACGCCACUCACCGCGGCCGCUUCCUCAACAUCGCGCGGCUCAAAACUGUGCAAAGAAUCGUCUUCGUCAAGUUCCGGCUCCCAAUGGGCGGCAGUGUAGAUGUACAGCACCACUUAUACUGCAUUGCCGACCCUGCGAACUGGAAAUACUGCGAAUGCACUCCACCUCCUAAUAAGGUCGGUGUGGAGUACGAGUACUCCCCAAGUCCACCCAAAACCCAUCCUCCUAUUCCACCAGAGUACCUGGCGAGUCUAUUCACAUGCGCCGCCGAUGUCCAUGAGGAGGACGAUUGGAUUCUUAAUCAACUACCAAAACGUACCUGUGGCGUUCUCCAGGGGCAGAAGGGACAGCCAGCGGAAGGAUGGGGUAUUUACUUCUUGGAGGGCUGGGAUCGUGAGAUCAUCUCUUUACUUAUCCUGUUCAUCUUUUUCCUAGCAAGCUUACUCUUCGGCGUUCUGUGGUGGAAGUUCCAAUUUGAUCUACAAGGCGGGUUUGGUGUCUCUGCGUACAUGAUGGCUGUCUGUACGGUUGUCAUUUCUGUUGUUGUAACGCGGUUGGAGAAUAAGGGAUAA